UUCUCUAAAACCACUUUUUCUUAAUGGGUUUUGCCUAAUUUUGAACUCUGUUUGUGUUUUCUUCUUCAAUUUUGGGUUUGCAUGUCCUCUCUUUCUCUUCCAUAGUUUUAAUUAAACACUGUACCUUGCAUUGAAUAUUGAUAGUCUUCUCCAUGCUGUUUGCUUUUCUGGGUUUUUCGUUUUUUAGGGAAAUUUAUGUUCCAUGCCCUACAAAUCAUAUGGUAUGCUUCUUAGACUUCAAAUUCUGUGAUAUUAGUAUGGGGCAGAGUCUAAAUCAUGCAUUUUCUGUUGCAUAAGAACAUGAAAUGAAAACCUUGCUUAAUUUUGAACUCUGUUAGUGUUUUCUUCUUCAAUUUUGGGUUUGUAUGUCCUCUCUUUCUCUUCCAUAGUUUCAAUAGAACACUGUGCCUUGCAUUGAAUAUUGAUGGUCUUCUCCAUGCUGUUUGCUUUUCUGGGUUUUUCGUUUUUUAAGGGAAAUUUAUGUUCCAUGCCCUACAAAUCAUAUGGUAUGCUUCUUAGACUUUGAAUUCUGCGAUAUUAGUAUGGGGAACAGUCUGAAUUAUGCAUUUUCUGUUUUAUAAGAACAUGAUGAAAACCCUUCUGGUAAUAUCUUUGGAGCAGAUUUUGGAUUUAGGUCUGUGGGAUACUUCUUACUGCUUUGGAGUAUUGUCUGCUGAAGUGAUUUAAAUUGCGCAGUGUUGUUGAUUGACUAAAGGCAUGUAGGGGACUGCACUGGACGCUGCUGGUAUUUCAGCUUCUCACAGUGAACCAAUUAUAUUGCAGAAGAUAAACAUGGACAAUAACAAUGAGGAGUCGGUGACAGAAGGACUUGCUCUUGAUUCUGCCAAUCAUUGCACUCAAAGCGCAUUGGAUGAUAAUUCUGGUGCAGGUGCAAAUGCAAAUGCCGGGUCAAUGACAGACAUGAUGUUUGUGACUACCCACCCCUUAUCUGAACUAAUAUGGUCUCCACAUAAAGGUUUGAGUCUUAAAUGUGCAGAUUCCAGCUUAUCCGAGAAGAAGGCCUCCUUUUUGAGGGGCAUGGGAUCGAAAAAUAUUGUUCUUGCACCUUCUGAGGUCAUUACAUCCAGGGGGACUAAUAAUGAUGAGUCUGGUUCUGGAGGAAACUUUAUAUCAACACAAAUGGCAUCCAAAUUUGAGAGUGAAGUUCCUGAGACAGUUACCCCGGUCGGGUCUCCUAAAAGCAUUUCGGGCAUCAUUCCAAUCUGUGGGCCAACAUCUCAUGAACAAAAUCUAGGAUCAGUUGGAACAAUGAAAGAUUUAAAUGCAGUGAUGGAAUUUUCUGAACAAGAUUUCAAUCAGAAUGCAGACGAUCAUUCAUCUAAGAAAGGGAAGGGCCUUCAGUGUGCAAAUAACCCUCCAACAAAUGAGACUUCUGGAGCUGGAGGAAACAUUGUCUCAAGUUUUCUGGCCGAAACUUCAUGUCCUGAAGGUGGGGAUCAUGUUGAUUCUUCAUCUAAAAUGGCUCAACCAGAACUUGAUUUAUCACGGCUAGAACCAAUAUGUGCAGACCCUAAUGAAGGAACAAGCUCAAACCCUUUUAGAAAUUCUGUUGAUGUUGGAAGGUGCACAACUCAAACACCAGAUAUGAUGGUUUUGUUGCCAUCUGAGGUUUCUUCAAUUAAACAAGGUAAAACUCCCACUAGCUGCAUGCCGUUUGUGACAUCCCCUGUUAGAAAUCCUGGGGGGCAAGAACAGGAAUUGGCAACUGAAAAUAAUUUGUGUUUGAAGGAUGAAAGUGCUGAGGUGGGUAAAAAUGUAGUAUCACAACCUUCUGAUGAAGUUAAAUAUAGCCCUCAGCAGAAUGAGGGGGCAUGUCCUGAGGAUCAGGCAUCUCCAGAUGAAGCUUCUCCAGAUAACAGUGUAUUCUGUAUGUAUCCAUUAAAAUCUAAAGCAAGAGCUUUGUCUGAUGAAGAAGUUAAUAGAACUACAAAGAAGGAUGACAGCCAUGAAAGUGUUGAGAGUUGCAACAGUGCAGGGUCAUUUAAAGUAGGAAAGAGACCAUGGAACUUUGAAUCGCAACUCUUUGUCAGCAAUAAAAAACUCAAGCAGCAAACUCAUAAAAGUAUUGGUUCUUCAUCUUUUGAGAGACGAGAUAGCUCUUUCAUGAAUUGGAUCUCAAACAUGAUAACAGGUUUACCUAAGUCUGAUCCAGAGGAGAAACCUUCAUUAGCUCUUACUGUGAGGCCUCCUCAUGAGCAUGUAAGUAAUGGUCAGAAGUCCAUGCCAUACCAGAAAAACCUAGACCCUGGGUGCAGAAGUAUGGGUUUCCAAGCUAUUUUUCAGUCCCUCUAUCUCCCAAGCAAAAGGGUACAGGACACGAGAACUUGGAAUCUUGAUCAUCAAGGAGAAAGCUCAAAGGAAAUUGAUCUAGCUAACAUGAUAUGUGAUGAGAGUAGAACUCCCUUAUCAUGUGAUGAGGAGAAUAUUACAUUAUGUGAGCAAACGCCUAUGUCAAAUGAGAAGUUUAACCAGGGUACACCUGGAAGUGAUGGUCCUUCAACACUGCCUAACGUUUCUUCUCCUCAGCUAGCUGUUCAGGAAAGCCACAAGACCAACAACACUGCAGGGAUCAACAAGUUAUGUGCCUGUGGUAGUGAGAAAGGUGCACCAGGCUUAUCAAAUCCCUCUUUCCAGAAUGAUUCUAAUUCUCCAUCUGGAGGGAAAGAAACUUACGGGUUUGUGGAGCAAAACAAGUCUUCAACGUCUGGAACAAACAGAAGGAAUCUCUUUUUUGGUGCAUGGAUUAGUGGAUUUUCUCCAAAAGUUUCUGGCCCUUUGUUAAGUUCACCUCAAUGUAAGCAUAACGGUUUUGAGACCAAUGAGGGUUCUACUGGUUGCAUGAGGCUUCUUCCUCAACCCCAGAAUUGUGCAAUUUCUUCCAAGGAGCAGAAAAACUUGGAGGAUUGCAAGGAUCCUUCUGCUGAAUACCAAAUGGAUAUCAUAGAAAAGAUGCAGAAUUAUUCAGUAAAUGUAUCUACCUCAUUGGGUUUAGAAAGAACAAAAAGGCAGAACUAUCAGAAGGGCAACUCUAAAUUGAAUCCUAUUCUUUAUUCUAAAAGAUUCAGAAGUUCAGAGGAUGUGGCUUCAGUCUUUGCAAGGAGGUUGGAUGCUCUCAGGAACAUCAUCCCAUCAGUAGUAGCCAAUUGCACAAUUGGUGAAAGCACAUUCUGUCUUUUUUGUGGCAAAAAAGGGCAUAACUUGAGAGAUUGCUCAGAGAUAGUUGAGUCUGAGCUUGAGGAUCUUCUCAAAAGCAUCAUUUCUGAUGACGGAUCGGAAGAGUCUUCUUGCUUCUGCAUCCUCUGUUUUCAGCUCAAUCAUUGGGCCAUUUCAUGUCCCAAUGCACCCUUGAGAAGAGAAACUCAUCUAGACAAUAAUGCAUCUUUGGUUAACCUAAGUAGUUCUGAGAAAAUGCAGCAGAAUCCAGGAAAUAAUACUCUUACUAGUGGCAAUGAUAGAAAUCUAAAAUCAUUGGAAAAGGAUAGCCAAUGCCAAGUUGCUGGGGCAAAUAAAACUUGUGAAGGGGUAAGGCCAACAAUGGAAUCUGGGCAUUUGGUUCGGAUGAGCAUAAACAAAAAAGUGAGUGAAAUGAUGAUGCAUAAUGGACAGGUUUCAGAUUUGAAGACAGUCAAGUAUUACCCUCCAGGAAAUAGCUUCUGUGGAAGUAUGAAAGGACAGAGAGCUCACACAGAACUUGUGCUGAAAGGAGAGCAGAAUGCCUCAAGUUCUGCAGAGAAAAAAUUAAAAGAAAAUCUAGUUAUCACACCCUUUCAGAACAGUGUCACUAGGAGUAUUCCUGAUGUACCAAUUGGAACCUUUGAAGCAAUAAAGAUGCUUCGUCUUUCACGAAUGGAUAUCCUCAAAUGGACAGCAUCCUCGAUUUCAGCUUCUCAUCUUAAUGGAUUUUUUCUACGUCUGCGGCUUGGGAAGUGGGGAGAGGGACUAGGGGGAGCAGGUUACCAUGUGGCUUGCAUUAAUGGGACACAGAGAGAAAAUUCAUCCGGAAGUUCUAGAAUUUCCCUUUCUGUGAGCAUCGGGGGCUUCAAAUGCUGCGUUGAAAGCCGCUAUGUCUCUAACCAUGAUUUCACUGAGGAUGAGCUUUUUGGAUGGUGGUUUGCAAUGUCAAAAGCUGGUGGAAAACUGCCAUCUGUAGAAGACUUGAAAAUGAAACUUGAAGAGAGAGAGAAUCUUGGCUUCUAAGAAGGAUUCUUAUGACUCUCUCUUUAUUUCAGUUGGUAGUUCCAAAUAAAGAGUCUUUUUAUCAGACUCCUUCCCAUCCCAAUUGCAAUGAAGGUGUGUCAUGUGAAAGAAAUUCUUUCUUUUUUUUUUUCGCAGGAUCUUGACAACCAUGGUUUCGCGCAAGCGAUCUCCAGUGAAUGGAUGAUUUAUGAACUACUUAUCAAUUACCAUCUUAAAUUCCAUUAGGAAAGAAGAGUAGUUCAUAUUUUAGACCAUUUAAGGAGUCAAACCUAUGAUUCUUUGUUGUACAAAGCCUUUGAAUGAGCUGAUAUGUGUUGCUGAUCAAUAUAGCUGACAUUCUCAAACUGUAAGAGUAUGUUAUCAAUGUUAUAAAGGUUAUGAAUAUUAUGAUGGUUUGCUUCCAUCUUUGCACCUUUCA